CGGGCAUCCAUCCUUACCCGGCCACCGUGUGUCACACGUUCAUCCCUCGCAAGGACACAAACAAGAGUGCCGCAAUGCAAUGCAGCCAGGCCUGCCAGGCCACACACUCAAAAGCCAGACGAGACACGGACCAUCGAUUCCACCAAAGGCCACACACUGAUGACUGCCUGACUGGCUGACCGACCUGUCUACUUUUCUAUCCUUCCACUGACGAGACAAGCUCAUCCCUAGCUAUAUAUUGUGUGAGAGCUGAGUGAGCCACUUGAUUAGCUAUCGACGACCUUCUCUCUAGCUGUCCUGUCGGUCUCUGUGUCUCUGUCUGCGAUCGAUAAGCGUACCACAUAAACAAGACAGACACCCCACGCCCCGCCCCGCCCCUGUCCUGGCGCCAUCCAUCAAUCCAUCAGUUCAGUCCCAUCGCUGGCUGAUGGCUUAUCAUUCCUCAUUGUCGCCCCAGUCGUUGUUGACGUCGAAGUCCCUGUCGAUGGCCGUGCAGUGGGUAAUGGCGAACACCAGACGGUCCCUCAGAAUCCCACUGCUCGAGUACUUGGGCAGCUUCAAGGUGAAGAAACACGUGUCGCUGGUCGGCAGCCUGUCGUCGAUGCUGCCUUCGGCCUGCUGGCUCGUCGGGCCGGAAUCCACCUCCAUAGCCUCCUCAUCGCUGCAGCCAGGCCAUACCAUGCCAGCCACACCACACCACACCACACCACACCCCACACACGCCAUCUACCAGCAUCUAGCUAUCCAUCCCAUGCAUUGUCCGUCCACCCACCUGAUAAUGCACAGCUCGAACUGGUCGAGUGCGCCCAGCUGUGUCUUUCGCUCGGCCCCGGUGCUCUCGGACCAGCUGGCGGGCAGCCGGGAGCGGCCCGACACGAACCGCAGGAAGGCCUGACGCUCGAGGGUACUGAACGAACGAAGGAUCGACCAAAACCACCUGCACACAGAGACACAUGGCAUGCCACACCACAGCACAGCACACCUUCCACCAUUGUCUGUCUGUCUGUCUGUGUGUGUGUUUGUGCCAUCCAUCGUACUUGAGCAGUUGUGUCUCUCGAUGGCCCCUGUGCGUCGGGCGGAUCUUCGUGUUGCGCUGCACGAGACACACACACGCACCCAUGCCAUGCGUAUCUCCCGCCCCGCCCACAUGACAAUUCUACGCUCUCACACCGCACCGACCUGCAGCUCGUCAAUGUCAAUUUGCGGCUCGCCGCACACGAGCUUCUCGAGGUCGUGAGCAGAGAGCAGCGCCUGCAGCAGGGGGGCCGGCACCAUCGACUCGAGCCCGGCGGCCACCAGACGGAAGAGGCCCAUGUCCUCUGAUGUCUUGAAGGCCUCAGCCGCCUCCGCCCACUCGGCGGCCGUCUCGCUCGUGACGGCCUGCAUCGCACCGCCGGGAAACAACUCCACCAGCUGCCCGCCGUUGUCGACGACCGUGAAGGAGAGCCCCUCCCAUGGCGGCGGAUUGGGAAGAAGGUUGGUCGUUGAAGUGCUGCCCUCCUGGUUGUUGUCAUGGUUGCUGCUGCCCGUCUCAAUGGCACUGCCCUCAGAGGCGCCUGACAGCCGACUCAGGUUUGGCGCCUCUGACAUGUCGGUGUCGCCCGAUAAUGGCGGUGGACUGCUCGCGGCGAUCUUGACGCGCUCGAUGAGCUGAGCCGUGAGGUAGUCGGAUUGGGCGACGUCGUGCAGUGUGGCUUUCUCGCCGCAGAGGGUCUUCCAGAGCGCCGAGCAGAGAGUGAGGUUGAGGGGGCUGCGUGUGAGCAUAGCAAUGCCCAUCAGCUUGCCGAGGCCGAAGAGCAUCACACCGAGCACAUUGCGAUAGCACCCGAUCGCCAGCGUGUCGCCCCUCCUUCUGCCGCCCCCGGCAGACGCCCUCACCCCCUCACACACCACACUCGCCAAGUGCGCCAGGACGAAGUCACUGCUGCAGCCGUUAACGGUGUCGUCCUCCUGCUUGCUGCCGAAUUGUGUGUGGAACUGCCUAAGGUGGGGAAAGGUCUCGUUGAGGCGCUUGCCGACUUGGGGAUUGAGCACCCGUAUCUCUCGGCUGGAGCCCACGGCGUCCCGUGCGUUGGCCGAGUCGAUGAAGAGCGGGAACUGACUGGAACUCCCACCACACACGUCGUCACACACUGACCGCAGCGCAGGCAGCCACACACACAGACAGACAGGUGUGUGGGGAGGGAUGGGAGGCGGUGGCUCAAUUGAUUACCUACCGUGGGAGAUGACUUCAGAGUACGGUCCGCCUAGGUCAGAGGCCAUCUCGCCCCUCAGCUGCACUUUGAAGGCGUGUGUGCGGCCGAGAUGGUCCAGUGGGUGCACCGACUCGGCCAAACCGCCGCUCACCUGCGCCCACAGCGACUGAACACACAAACACCGUCACACACACAGACAGACAGACAGACAGAGAUGGAUGUGUGGCUUGUGGUGUGCUGAUCGGUCUGGUGGGGGGAUGGGGUGGUUGGGCACCUGUCUGAGUGUGUCAUCGGUGGGCAGGUCCCGGCUGUCUGCGUCAGUCGUCGCACCGACAUGGCCCGCUGUCCGGCACACAGUCAAGACUUUGUCGCCUGCACACAACACAACCACACACCAGAGAGAGCUACCACUUGUGUGUGUGUGGCUGGCAGGCUGGCUGACCGGUGUCGGGGCACUGGUGCAGCCAGGUCUUGUUCUUGCGUGUGUCGGUGAUGGUGCCGUCGAGCCUCAUCGCAUGUGCCAGCACAUCGCUCGCAUACACACCGCACAGCAGGGGGUCCGCCGCACUCAUGUGGGCGUACGGCUGCCACAGAGACUGCACUCACCAAGCCAACACACACACACACACAGAGAAGAGAGGGAGACAUGUGCCGCGGGUUUGCUCUGUGCUGUGUUGUGUUGUGUGUAUGUGUGUUGGUAUUCUGACCUCAGCGCUGAGGAGAGCCGUCUUGGUCCGCCUGCAGGGCCCCCAGUUACAGAACACACACACACACACACAGAUCCAUCCCCCCAUAGGAAAUAGACACGUACACUCCUUCCCUCCCCCCCUCCGUCUCACCAGAACAGGAAGUGUUUGGCGCCGGCCACCAUCUCGAGCAAAUCGACCCAACCGCCGCCCCCACCACCGUCAUAGACCUCAUUGCGGUCCCCACCCCCACCAGACACCCCAUUGCAGCCCCACUCGGUCCGCCCCACCCUGCUGCACCCCUCGUGGUAUGGCCCGCCGCCCCUCUCGCACACCUCCAGCAGCUCACGCACGACGGCCGUGUCGGUGUGGCCCAGGGCCACGGCACACGACGCCUGCAGUAGGGGGGCGGGACUCGUGUGUGGGGUGGGGCCGUGGUCGAUGGACUGCGACUGGCAGCGGGCCGUCAGGAGGGGGGCGGCGAAAGCGACAGACCGGUUGAUGUCUGCAGGCAGACAGAUACGAACAGACACACACAACAGACAGACAGACAGACAGACAGGAUGACUUUACGACCUUUAGCUACAUUGUGUGUGUGUAGGUCCCCCCACGCACGUGCGAUGAUCCUGAUGCGUGUGUCGAGGAAGUCGGUCACCGAGCCUGCCUCGACGAGCCGUCUCCUCUUGCUGCCCGGCCCAUAGCCGCCUCCCACUUGCCUCAUGAGUGCGACGAUGGCCGCCAGCCGGGCGCACACGUCAGUGUCUCGUGUCGCCCACCUGAUGCCCUCCUCGCCUGUGCCGCGCCACCUGCCCACGAGCAUCAGCUGCUCGAUGGCCGCCAAUACCACCAUCUCGAGAGCACCUAGCGGCUGGAUCUCGCCAUACAGCCUGACGGCAUCUGCACUCCGGUCAGGUGAGCUGACUGGUGUGUCUGUCGCCGCCGCCGCUGCUGCUGCUGGGGUGGGCCCUGGCUCUUCUCCAUCAUCAUCUUUGGUGGCGGCCUUGCCUUUGGUCGAUGACGCCCGUCGUCGCUUGUUGUGGCCCAUGGCUUUGAUGAGCUUGACAGCCACGUUGUGAGCGCGCCGCUUGAGGGUGUCGAGUGACCUGCUGUACGCCUCUGUGUCCUGCCACAAGACACACCUGUCCCCCGCCCCCCCGCCGGCCGACGACUCCAUCGUGCCGCUCCGCGCCGAGUGGUACUCCUCGGUCUCGUCAUCGUCAUCCUCCUCCUCCUCGCUGCCCUCGCUCCCGUCGUCGCUGUGGUCCCCGUCUGAGUCGGACUCGCUGCUCGGGGGCUCCGAUCCCCUCUCUCUGGCUCGUAACACUCUGGCCUCAUCAGCACUGUCGCUGACGAUUUCCACAAGCUCGCCAUCGCCAUCUUCAUCGUCUUCGUCUUCGUCGCUGCUGUCGUCUUCGCUGCCCGACACGGACGGCACUCGUGGCUGAGGUUGGGGUGGCCGAUCCAGCAGCGGGAUGUCGGGCUCUUCACCGCCAUGGUGGAGGGAGAUGAGCAUGAGAGCAGCCUGCUCAAUGGCCAGCUUCUCGCUGGGCGUUUCUUCGGCAUCCCACUCGCCAUCCGCCGUGUCCUUGGUCGAAAUGGCGGUCAGUUGCCGCUGCUCGCUCUCCAUCUGUGCCUUGUAGCGGCGCAUGUGGCUGUCGACCGAUGCUGCCGCUGUUACCCUGUCUGCCGCACGGUGGGCCUGGUGCGCUUGUUGGGCCGUCUCGUCAGCCAGGGUCAGCAGUCGGCGGAUGAUGGCCUGGCCGGCAGACUCGGAGAGCUGGGUGAACGAGGCGGCCCUGUGUCGGUUGGCCAUCCUCUUUGCUGACGGUGGCUUCUUGCCAUUGUUCUUCUUCUUGUCCGCCUUGCUCGAGUCGAGGUUCUCCGCCUGGCAGUCCUCCAGCGCCUGCACAAGCAGAGAGUCCGACCACGGCAGCUGCUGCAGCCGAUAAGCCGCCAACUGGUCGGCCGUGCUGCGCUUGUCGGGGAGUGUUUCCUUCCACUCUUUGAUGGCCGAGAUGCUCUCCACCGCCUCACUGACGCGAUAUGGGGUCAUGCGGAUCGCGGCCAGAUCGACGCCGAAUCCCCACAGCUGUCGCGGCUCCCACUGCACCUGCUCGCUCCUCUGCCGCUGGAUGACACGUGACGGCACUGGCGGGGGAAGGACACGCACGUCCCCCGCCUGGGGGACGGGGCACGGCAGUGUGCUCUUGUCGGCGACACGGGGAGGGGUGUGUGAGUGGGGGUCUGAGGUGGACCGGCGGGCAGGCACCACCUGCUGGCUGGACUGGGGGGUCGUGUGGGAGGGGGGGCCGGGGCUGGUGAUCGACCGAGGUGGCACGCUGCAUCGCAUCCAGCAAUGAGCAGACAAGAACAGACAGGCACGGUCGAUUCGUUGCUCUCUCUUUCUCGCGCGCACGUGUGUGUGUGUGUGUCUUUGUGUGUGUGCUCACUUGGCUUGCUCAUCGUGCCCAGCGGGCGCUGCGGGUGGAGGGGGCAAAAGCACCUCCGCAUGUGUGAUGGGCGCUGGAGGUGUCGACAGCGUCUCGAGUCGGGUCAUGAUGUCGAUACCGUGGCCGGAGAGAUCCGCCACGCCAACCUUCCUGUGUGGUAUCCAGCCCUUGGCGGCAUCCACCUGGUCGAUCCGCACACUUGCACCCACAUCGCCUGGACACACACAUGCGCACCGCACACGACCAUAGUCAAUACACGCGCCGCGCCGCGCCCAUGUCAUCAUUUCAGUCAUCUUUCGAGCACAGGUCAACUCACUCACCGAGGGCUGCGGCGGGGAUGAGGGGCACGGUCCAGGGCACUCCUCGUCGGCCGUCGGUGGCUGUGUUGCUGGCGGUGGCGGUUGUGUUGGCCAGCUUGAGUGUGGCCACGAGCCCGUCACACGUCAACAGCCGCAGCUCCGAAGCAGGCAGGUCCACUUGAAGCAUAAACGUCACCUCGUGGGCCCUGCAGAGCCCACACACAUGCGCAUCACAUCCAUAUAGACCCCCUCGCCCCCUCGACCUUGAUUGCACUCGUCCACUCACUUACUUGUCGAUCUGCCUGGCUGCUCUGGUCUCGUGUCUUUGUCUCUGUGCAGGCGGCGCCGGGGGCAGCUCGGCGAAGAGCGUGUCGAGACCCAUGCCGCCGUUCUCAUUCGAGUCGCCUGACCCGGCCCUCACUGCGACGGGCCGGUCAUUCGUCGUCUCUGGUAUGUGGAGGGGCGGGGCGUCCCCGAUGCGGUCGCUCUUGGCGUCGGUCGUGAGGAGCGGGUGGCUGGCGGUGCCGAUGGCGGGCUGCGGGCCGAUGAGCGAGCAGACCUCCUUCAUGGCCGAGUAUGGGUAAAGGGGCGGGGACUUGUCGCAUAUGGGGUCGGUGGCGGGCCAGGUGAGCAGGGUGUGCGGGGGUGCCAGGGGCGGCGAAACCACGGCGAUCACCUCGUAGCCGUCGUCAUCUGCCGUGGCUGCUGACACCUGCCUCUCGUCCGCCCUCUCACCAGCAGCAGCGGAGAAGACCCCGCCCUCAGCGACACCACCACUGGGCGAUGCCUCACCAGCCAGAUUCACCUCACUAGGGGUCUGUCCCUCGACGGUGCCGAGGGGGGAGGGGUGGUCAUUCUCUUGUUGGGUGAAGGGGCAAUAGUCCAGCGACCACCCGGCCGCCGACCAGCUCACACUGACGUAGAAGCCCGCCCGCAUCCGCCGAUCGGUGAGGGGGGUGCCGACGUCGUCCGCCGUCAUGACGCCCAGCGACACCAUCGUGGAAGCAUGGCCCGUCAUUGAAGCCACAUCGCCGCGCCCAGGUGUAGGCGGCCCCGCGCUGCGAGGCUGCAGCUCUUGAUCGAAGAGCCUGCCCCAGCCCACUGUGACGCGGCGAGGGUUGGUCUCUCCCCCUCCAGCGGCACCGGUGGGGUCUGCUGUAAGGGGGCGAAGGGCCUUGUGUGCGCUGUGUUGCCUGCUGCUGUCGAUGAAGGCAUCUUUAAGGCGGACGGUGAAGGUGAUUUUGUUGAUGUCGGCUGUGAAGAAGACGUUGCUGACGGCGAUGGGGUAGAAGGGUACCUGCGUGGUGCGGUGGGCCUCAUGGUCGGGGUGCUGGUCGUCGCCGUCUGGGCCGCACAGAGGGGUCGGCUCGUCGAUCACCGUCGAGAUUUCGUGUCGUGACUGCUGGCGCAGAUUGCUGAGGAAUAUGAUGCCUUCCAUGACCUUGGCCGGGUCGCUGCUCCGGAUGCCGUAAAGGCGGCUACACACACACAGACGACACACACGCACGGAAUUUGUCCCCUGUGGCUUGGCCAUUCACUUACUAUUCACUCCCUCAGUCACUCAAUCACUCACCAAUGCGCUUGCUCGCCCUCCUCAAGGGCAGCCAAGAACACCCCUUCCGGCAGCUGUGCGUGUCUUAGCACGCCAGAUACAGCGCCCUGCGGCAUGGCGAGAUACACCGUCGACCAGAGUGGCUCCCGUGACGCCCGCGCGGCCGCCGUCAGCACCAACUGCAGGUCAGCGAGCCUCGCCUGCAUGCUCUCCCCACCGUGGAUCAGAAGACACGCAUAUGGGUCAGAGCCGCCGUGCAGCUCCUGCGCCUUCCGGACGGCCCUCGUGCAGGGCGCUAGGCGCCUGUCCACCACAAAGUGCGACGACACCAGUCGACACACGACGUACCGCGACCUAGGGAAGCCGCCGGCGUUGGCCGUGAUCCACUGAAAGUACUUGCGCAACGCGUCGCCGGCCGUGGCCUUGAGCACCAGCAUGAGGGUGUCGGCCUCGUUCUCCUUGACCCAUUGCGCUGCCGUGUCGUCGUUGUCGUCAUAGUCGACGGGCACGGGUGGCGGGAAUGGCGGCGGUGGCCCCCAGCUGUCGUCGGCAUCUUCUGUGCCGGUGUCGGGGUAUGUGGGCGCCGCGGCCCCCUGGCUGAUCAUGUCCUCGAUCAGCUUCCGCGUCUCCUCAUCCAUCGCUUCCAACACCUCGGCACUCACGAACCCGUCGGCAGCGGAGUGCUGCUGCUGCUGCUGCUGGGCUGUCGCGGCUGCUGCUGACGACGACGGUUGUGAUGGCGGCUGGGGCGCAUUCUGUUGUCCCGCCGUGCUGUGGAUGAGCUGGUCGAUGACGUGCUCUGGCCAGUCGACCAUCUUGAGAGGGGAAUUGUCUUGUGACUCGCCCAGCCUCUCCCUCCCGAACAUCUGGCUGAGGGGCGCCGGCGCAGUCCGACGGGUCCAGUCGUCAGUGUCCUCAAUACCGUCGCUGUGUUGGCCACUCUGAUUGUCUGUCAUCAGGGUCGGGCUGCCACCGACGUACGGGAGCGAGGGCAGACCCACCGGUGCGGGGCUGCCCUCACUCGCCUGCUUAUUCGACGCAGACACCUCACCCUCCGCUCCAUCCUCCUGCUGCUGCUGUUGCUGCUCUCCCGGCGACCGUGACUCUUGCGGCGGCGGCUCCUGCUCAGUCGCGGUCUCAAGCUCCUCUGCAGCUGGUGCCUCCUCGGCUGGUGGUGGCUGCCGCGGGUCGCCUGUGACCUCCCACAUGGCUGUGCCGGUCUUGCCGAAGCCACUGGCCGCACACAUGAGCAGCACCCACCUAUCGUCCGUUAACUGAGUGUGCGUCUUCUUGCUGCUGCCGUUGCUGCUGUCGACGGCUUGGUCCUUGACGCGCCCUCUGGCCCAGACAGUGAGCAGCUGGUUGGGGAGGAUGUGGGUGUCACGGGAGAGAUCCACAUCGACCACCGAGGUGCCGGGGAGCUCCCGCAGACACACAAUGCACUCGGGCAUGCUGGUGGGAGUGCUCUUGUCGUCGUUGUUGGUGUUGGUGUCCCUGUCCCCGCUGCAGUUGAUGGGCAUCGGUGCGUCUCGGUAUGAGUAGCUGUCGAUGGAGGCGUAUGGGUGUGGCGAGUGGAUCUUGCCGUACAUGCGCAGCCGGCUUCUCACGUGGCAAUCGAACUCACCACCUCAAAUCAACACAUCAAGGAAGGAACCAAGGAAGCCAACAAAGGUAGGUCUGCCUGUCCGCCCAGCCCAGCCCUGUACGUGUCUUGUGGCUCUCUCUCUAACUUACAGAUGGCUUGGCAGUGCGUCGCGGCGUCGAGCUCGUGUCUUCUCGAGAAGGCAGCCCCCUCAGGCACCGGCCGGCAGUCACCAGAUCCCACACACACCUGCAAAUGCCACAACACAACGACGUCACACACGGGUCACAUCACAUCACAGCACUCUCUGUGCAGCACAGACUCCCCCCGCGCAAGGCACCUUGCGAAUGCUCUUGAGGACGGCGAGUGACUGCAUCAUGAGCACAGCAAGGUUGUUGGAGCCAGAUGCCGUGACAUCCUCCCCCUUGACGCCCCUUGCCACCGUCAGCAAGAGCGACAGCUGCUCGCCGGGCACCUUGUCGCUGAGGGCGGCCAUGACGCUCAUGACGGCCUCGAGCAGCGGCGGGCAGUGGCGGAGGGGGCCCGUUGUCUGUGAGCCAGCACUGCUGUCUUCCUCACUGCCGCCAGCAAUGCGGAAACACGACGCGAAAGAACACAGCUGCGCGAAGAUGAAGCACCAGGCGGGCUCCGUGAUGGUCUCAUGGUCAUUCUCCAGCGACAGGUACGCCUCGAACACAGUGCGGAUCAGCCGCAGGAUCCUGAGGGGGGACGGGUGGCCGCCAUGUGCUUUGGCCCGUGCCAGCAGACCCAGGAGGGAUGUCAGCAGCGUGGGCGUGAGCAGCUGGCAGCGGAUUGUUGCCGGCACUGAUGAGGCCGCGAUGAGGGAGUCCACCAGCCACUCGAUAAAGGCCAGGUUGAGCGUCGGCUCGUAGCAGAAGAAGCCAUCUGCACAGCACAGAGGGAAGAGGGAAAGGUAAGGUGCCUUCACGUGUCGUGGACCGGGGUUGCUUUCACCUUUGUCAGCCCGUUUGUCGUAGAAGGGCGUUUGGUUGUAGGCCUGGAGCAGCUGCUCCUUGGUAGCAAAGUCGAUGGACAUCUCCCAGGCGGAAACGGCCUCUCCCGUCUUGCUGAGGGCCAGCUCCACGUUAAGGUCGUUGCCAACGAUGACCAAUGGCCUGUCGGCGUCAGUGGGGCCCCGCAUGUUGUGCCAGCACCCCAUCCCGCCGCCGCGGUACACACGACACCGAUCGCCCUCCCUCGUGGUGCUGCCGGUGACCGUCACAGACAGACCCAUGCCCCACACGUGAUGCUCGGCCGCGGCCGGUGGCAAUUCUGCUGAUGGUGAUGAUGCCGGCUGCGGCUGCGGCUGCGGCUGCUGGUGGUCUGGUUGCUCGCUAGACCCGGCCGUCUUUGCUGGAGCCGGGUGGCUCAUAUCUGGACGCCUGAAAGCCCGGAUAACAUCCCCAACUGUGCGGAUGGGUGGGGGCCUGGCCAUGAGCAACUGUGCGGGAAAGAUGGCCACAUGGUGGGGAUGGGCGCUGCCGUCCGCAGAUGGACGGCCGAAGAUGGUUAUCGACCCAACACCAGACACCAGGGGCUGCUGCUGCGAUAGGUCCUUCCCCUCCGCCCCCAGCUGCUGCUGCCGCUGCCGCUGUUCCACGCUCAGCGGCGUGUGGUUGAUGCUCGAACGAAACCCCGCGUCGCUCUCAUCCCCUACUGGCCUCAGGAAAUCCGCGCGCACCUUGGCGUUGUUGUCGGCCCUGGGGUACCUCUCCUCAAGUGCGUCGAUCUGCCGCACCGUCAGCUCCAUCCCCACGAGAUGCAGCUUGGACAGAGCGCGCAGCUCGGUGAUGAAGGAGUGGCUUUGGGUGGCCAUGGCUGUCACGAGCUGCGCGGCGCGGUGUGCGAUGGACGGGCGGGACCGCACGCAGUCGUAAAGGAAGAAUAGAGUGCGGGAGGGGGUGGCGAGGGCGCGUGUGGGGUCGGAGAGGUAGAGCGUCAGCAGGAGAUUCUGCGCCAGGAGGGACGCCUCCGUCUGCUCACAUCACAUGAGGGAGGGACGACGCGCGCUAGGUGUUUGGUGAGUGUCGUGUCGUGAGGGGAUUGGUAUGUUCUAUUCUCGGUAAGUACACUCACUCGGUAGACGUGUAGCAGUUCCUCGGUGAGUGGCUCUUGCUGCGCACGGAUUUCCCUCUUGAGCUUGGCACGCUCGUCGUCCGUCACCAGCGGCACCGCCACCACCGUGUCGAGCCGAGAUACGGCCUCCUUCUGCACACACAACACAACCCACACACGAACAUGACAUGGAAUGCAUUGGGUGCGCUAAGCUUAUGGGUGUCUGUCUGUCUGUGUGUGUGUGUGUGUGUGUGUACUUUGAGGAUGGCCUUCCUCCUGGCGUAGCACUUGUCACAGAGGUCGAAGUCACACGCUUCGCAGCGGUACCUGACAAACACACAUCAGUAGAUAUGUGUGUGUGUGUGUGCGUGAAUGAUCGUCGCAUUCACCACCUCCUCACCGUCCAACUUUACUGCUGCUGUCGAACUUGCCCCCACGCAGGCAGCACCCGUCAACUGCACACAACCACAUCACACCACAUCACACAGCAGAUUGCAAUCAGUGGCUGCCGUUCGUGUCGUGUCAGUCAGCUCCCAUACACACAUUGUGGUGAGUCGCAUCGCCAGCCCCGCCUUAUGUGCGUCCGCUGCAGUAUGUGCCCAUCUCGACACAUCGGCUUGAAGCACUGUGUCACGAUCGGCAGCCGGCUCUUGGCGCCCUCCUGCUGGCUCCACGCCAGCAUCUGCUCGUCACGCUGACGCAGACUCCGCACCAACUCCCCAUCAAUGGCCAGACCCUCAUCGGCAUCACCACCACCAGCAGCAGCCGACGGCUGUUGCGCCACGGCCGCCUCAGCAGCGGCAGUGGCGGUCGCGACAGCAGCCUCGUCCGUCUGUGGCUGGUCGCCCGAUGCGCCUUCGUCCUGGUCUUGGUCGCUGCUGUGUCCAUUCUCUGAUUGGCUGCGGUCGCUGUCGUCGUCAUACUCGCUGCCCGACUCACUCCUGUCGCUCGUGUCGCUGUCGCCCUCGUCAUUCUCGGAGUUGCUGAUGUUGCCAGCGUUGAAGGGAUCGUCGUCCUGGGACGCUGCCAAAUCGGCGCUGCGGGGGGAAGGUCUGAUGAUGGCUGGCUCACUAGUGCCGGCGCACGAGCGAAGGUCUUUGUGGGCGUCGGAUGUGGUGAGGGCAUCUUUGUCGGUGAGGAUGCGGUCGACGAGCACAGAGGCGGGCAGGUGGGUGGGCCAGCUGCCGCCUGUGCUGCUGCUGGACGGCUUGCUCUCGACGCCCAAGAGGGUCUGGUGCACCUCCUCCCACGUGAGCAUCUCGGCGGUUGUUGGAAUCUCGUCACGGAUGUCCUGGUGAAUCCCCCACCGUGACAGCAGGUCCACCAGCCACUCCCUCUUGACGCACCGCGUGUUGCCUCCCGGCGCCGUCUCGUCGACCAGAGGAGGGGGCCGUCCGUUGUCGUCAUUGGCCACCUCUGCCCCAUCCCCCUGUCCCCCAGCGACCUCAUUGGCCGGAAUGUCGGCUCCCCGGCCCUCUCCCUCUCCCCCUACGCCCCCCGCCCUCCCUGCUUCUGUCUGGCUGUUGGCCGCCUGCUCACGCUGCUCGCCUUUGUCAGACACGACGUCCAGGAACGAGUCGGACGGCUCGCCUUUGUCUCGCCCCAACUUGGCGUAGGCGUACGACACCAGGUGCAUGAGCUCACACGCCAGACGCCGCUUGGCCGACGAGACCGCCUUGUCGAUGUCGCCAUCGCAGGGCAGAUGGCACUCCCUCCCACCAGCUGCGAUGCUCUCCAGCAGCGGCAGCAGGAAGGUGUAACGCCCUCCAUCAGCUGGCGACACCAUCUGCUGGAGAGCGUCAUGGAAGCUGGCGUAUCGGUUGAGGGUGGCCAGUGCGCUGCACAGCAGCUGCUGGGACAGCAUGUCGUGGUGCCCGUCGAUGGGCUUGCCCGUCCAGUUCUUGGAGCGGGUGAUGGCGGCAGCUUUCGCGUCUUCUGUGGUCCUCGACAGGGCCCCGCUGACGUCCAGCAGCGAGCUCUGCUGCCCCCAUGUGCUGUGGACGGCCUCCCAGGACCACUCAACCACGCUGAUCACUGUGGCGAGGAGUUCUUGCAUAGAAUGAGUGCUGUACCGCGACGAGAGGGCCUCAGGGAAUGAUGUGUCGAGGAGGUCUGCCGGCGUGAAAGGGGUGGCGGUGGUGGAAGCUUGCAGGUUGGUGGUGGCGCCUGUGCCUGUCUCCCUCUGCAGCGCCAUGAUGGAGUUGAAGAGCUGGCGGUCCCUGCUGUCGAUGCUUCGAAGGCCGCACACCUGCUCAGCUCACACACACAUAGCCAGUCAGUCCAGAGACGUCGCUGCAUCCCUGCACUGCACACAGAGCCAUGUGAGGUGAUGUGAGCCGCACCUGGUUCCAUGCAGUUUGUGAGUCGCAGCGGAGGGGGUCGAACCACUGGGUGCCGUCCUCCUUGCUGCUCGCCGCCGCUCCCACGGUCACAUCUCGCCUCUCGCUCGACGCUGGAGGGCCGUGCAGGGCGUCGGCACACUCAUCAGCGGCCGGUCCCAGACAGGCCAGUAUUCCCAGCAUCUGUGCCUUGUCUCUGCGGGCCUGCAGCGUGUUGAUCAUCCAGGCACUGCGACAACGGCCCAAGAAUACACACGGCUCCUCUUCAGCCAGCAGCAUCGCAGCUCGGGUGAGUGUGACACCCAUGCGCACAUGUGAGGGGCUGGGGUGGCCAGCGCCGCCAACCUCCGUGACGGGCUGCAGGCCCACAGACACGAAGUCAUUGCUGCUCAGCUUGGCCUUCCCGUUGGCCGCCGUGGCGUGCUCGCCACUCAAUCGGCUCAGACGAAAGGCAUUCUGGAAGUCCGGCCAGGUGACGACGGCGAGGUGAAGGUCUGUGAAGCGUUCGGGGUCGACCUUGGCCAUGAUGCGGCCGCCAGCGUGGAUGAUGAGGCUGGCCGCCUCCCUCUCCACACAGAUGUUGAGCACGGGCAGCUUGGUGCCAAAGCCCUCAAUGCUGCUCGAUGGCGGUGGGUCGGCGAACUUGAAGCCCUGUUCUCGCAUCUUGGCGAUGGAAGGUGCCCUCAGCUGGUGGUUGAAGUGCAUCGCCCCCUGCACGCCCUCAAACCCCGUCUGUCUUGCCUCUUCGAUCUCGGUCAACGUCAUGGCCACUAGUGCGAAGGACACGGGGACAGAGACCGUCAGCAGCCACGAGGAGGCCUCCAGCGGCAAUGCCACGUCAGAGACUAACAGCACCGGCGAUGUGGUGGCGCCAAAGGCGGCGUCGCGCGAGAAGAUGCGGGUGGGGCAGGGCGGGCACAAAGGGAAUCGCUCGUCGAACGCCUUCAGCACCUCAUCGGCACUCCGCUGUGCAAACUGGGCGGCCAAGGUCACAAUGCUCUUGGUCAGCUUGCAAGCCAGGCCUGGGCUGUUGAGCUGAAGGGCCCCCAGGAUGAUGUCGAGCACUUUGGGGCUCACUGCCAGCGGGGCGUCGACUUGCAGCAUGGUGCAGAGCAGAGAGAGGAACGGACUGAUUGGUUGCACAGCACUCUGCACCACCCUCGACGGGUCCACUUCAGCCGCCAGCUGCAGCCUCCCCGUGUGUGGUGGUGAUGGCACUUCGAUACCGACUGCUUCUGCGUCAGCGUCGUCCCGACCGGCCGCCCUGACCAACAUGCGGAGCAGCGACUGCACCAGGGACGUAUCCACAGCACCAUCCCGAGCUCUCAAUGCGGCGAAGGCCAGCCACAGGUUAGCUGUGGUGAGCUGCCGCUGCUGCUUGGUCUCGAUGUGCGUCUGGAUGGGCUGCAGACACGUGUCGUCGCUGCCGCACUCGGCUUUCUUGGCCACCAUAAACACCGUCACAUCUGCCGGCGCGCUCGCAUGUAGCUCCUUGGCCGUCAAGGCCUUGGUCCACACAGCAGCAUAUCCCCUUCUCUCGUGGGGGUUGUUCUCUGGCCCGUCUGCAAGCUUGGCGUCCACCACACACACCAUGCGCGACGACAACGGAGAGAUGGUCGGCGGUUUUGUCCUCAGGACGAGCCACCCGCUGCCGCCGACAGACGACGCUGCAUCGACCGACCCAAUGAGCUCCGCGGUGUGUCCGGUGGCCCGUGGCGCCCCCCCGUGCGAUCUGCUGUGUCGGUACAUGCCCCAGAGCUUGACGCCUCCCCGUGAGUCCAGCAGGUGCAUCUGCUUCUCGAUGACACCCUUGGGCGACUGGUGCUGCUGCUGCUUGUCGUCCUUCUUGGCCGCUGCGGAAGGUGUGUCGACUUCAUAAGUGACGGCCAGCAUAGUGAGGCCGAAGUGCAGCUGGACGCCGCGAGGGGGGCUGUCUUGGUGUUGCCGGAUGGCGGUGGUGGCCCUGGUUUCUCGUUCCAGCCGGUCGACAAUGCACGAGAUGGUCUCAUUGCGGCAGCUGGUGAGUGUGGCAGAGUCGCCCUUGAGAGCACGCAGCAGCUCCUGCAGCACGCGGAUGACCAUGGAGCCCCUUUGGAUGGCCGCCAGUUCACCCCUGCCCCUCUCGUUGGCUGGGGUGAUGGACCUGAACGGGACGCACACGACACGCAUCCAGAAACAAACGUACCACAGCGAAACAAACAGGGCAGAUCAGGUUAGCACAGGGAUCGCUCACUCACUCACCGCUGGACGGCCGUCGAGGAGAAGACCAUGUGCACGCAGAGGGACACCGCCCGGCAGAUGCUCAUGUAGACGUCGGACCGCAGCUUCUUGGCGAGCAGCUGGUACGUCAUCGAAGAGCUACCCGGAUCGCCGAGCAGUCCUUUCAGCCGCGACAAAGCACCGGGAAGGCACCUCGCCCCCCUCUCGAACCUCACCGCAGCACCACCGCCCCCCGUGUCGCCAGCCGUUGCCUUGUCAUCCAGGCACAGCAACUCCGCGGUGCUCCCCGCCAGCCUCUCCAUCGAGUCGAGCAGGAGGUUCUUGAUCUCGCCCCUGUCGACCGAUCCACCCGCGUCGGUGACGACGGAGAUGAGUGCAGCAGCGGCGCGCCAUGCGACGCCGGCCUUGAGCCAGUGAAGGUGCAUCUCCUGGAGAGUCGCGUGCAGGUCAUCGAGCGAGAAGGUGGAAAAGGCGAAGUCUGAGAGGCUGCCGAGGGUGCGGCGCGUCGUGGUGCUGAGUGCUGACAGCGAAUCAGUGGAGAUGCGGAUGCGCUCGAGGCGGUCCUCCAUUGCUUGCUGCAGCUCCUCCUUCUCUCGAGUCCUCAGCAUCAUGGCCAUCUUCUCAUGGCGGGCUCUCGGUGUGCCGUCAGGCUGUCUCACGCUGGGCGACCGUCCCACAUCGCCGGCCGGUAUGGCUCCACUGGAGUUGGCGCGCUUCGGCCCCUCCUCCACACUCUUGCUGCGGCCACGGUCACGCCUACACACAAAGGAAGAAACGGAAAGCCGUGUAAAGUCACUCACCUCUUGCCAAUGAAUUAUAUUUCUCUCUGUGUGAGUAGGUAGGUACUUGUGUGGUGGCGUCAUGUCGUGUGGAUGCCCUCCGCCUCCAGGUGCCUUCUUGCGUGCAAUCGGGAGUGACGGCCGCGGCGGCUCUGCUGCCGGCUGGCAGGGCACGACAACGCCGAUGAGAAACCGGCACUUGGCCACCAGCUCGGCUGCCACCGCUCCCUUGUCCCUUCGCGUGCUCUGCGCCUGCUUCCAGCACCACUCACGAACGUCCUUGCGCGCCCGCUGCCACACAGACACGACCGCCGGCGGCACCUUGGUCGCGUCGUCGAGCGACAUGGCCUGCUUGAGGCAGGCCACGUCCUGCACCAGCAUGAUGCCCGCCACGCACCUCUCGGCCUCCUCGCAGUGGUCGAAGGUGCCGGGCAGGACGGCUUGCGAGUCGGGCUGCGAGAGCAGAUGGGCGAGGAGCUUGGCAGCGGGGGAUGAGGGUGUGUUGUCGAUGAGAUCCAUGAGGAAGGGGUGCUCUGGGUAGGGGGGGGUCUGCUGCUGCUGCUGGUGGUGGUGCUGCCGGUGCUGGUGCUGGUCUGCGGGUGAUGUGUCGUCUGGUCGUGGUGUGAGGGGGGCUGCCGACUCGAGGAUGGGCCAGAGCUCGUGGCUCACAGGGUCUGGAGUGCUCAUGUAGAGUGGACUGUGUCUGGGCGGCGAGGGUGAGGGUACGCUCUGGUCGCCUCCUCUGUGUGGUGCCAGCUCGUGCACCUCCCGCAUGACCUGUGACGCCAGAGCACAGGCCGACUUGAGCUCGUGCUGGUUCUGGUCGAGGACGGCCGACAUGCCCAGCCGGUACUCUGUCCGCCUCCCCAUCGCCAGCAGCGUCCUGACGAUCAUGUCGCGAGUGGAGGAGGGGAGAGUGGCGGGUCGGAUGGUCGACUCGACGGAUGAGAGGGCGAUCUCCAUGUAAGAGAGGGGCAGCUGGCAGCGGGGCGACACCAGGACGGUCGUGGCGUCCUUAACGUAGGUGACGGUCAUCUUGAUGCCCCAGUCCUCGGCGGAAGAGAAGUCGCAUCCGUAUGAGGCGUCGAUGGAGACGACGUGUGGGAACAGGAGUCGGUGCGGGAAUGACCUGCCGUAGUAGCGCUUGGUGCACAUCAUGCGGCCCUUGUACCGACGGUGGAAGCGGAACGACAGCUCUAUCUCCGCUGACGUGUCGUCCGUGUUGGACCGACGGUCGAACUCGAUCGUCACUCCCACACCCGGCAGACCCGAUGGCGCCGUCAGGAUGCGCUCAUUCCACGGUGCCGACGCCCGGAUGGGAUGCGGCGUCUCGACAGUCACCACCACACGCUGCUUCCGAAAGCCCUGCUGGAACUUCUCGACGUAACACACCUCAUCCCCGCUGUUGUUCUUGUCUUGGCACGCCCUCAUGGCCAGCCGCACUGUCGUCGGCAGCGUCGACAGCAGCAGCCGAUCAACCACAGGAGACGCCUGACGACUCUUGAGCAGCAAAUACGCCUCGGUCAUGAAAGUCAGACAGACGUCGUCGAGCGGCACCGCCGUCGCCUCGGCUGCCCCAAGGCACCUGCCGAUGGUCGACAGGUAGUCCGCCAAGCUCUCACCGCUCGCCGCCACCCCCUUGGCCAGAUUCCGGCCCGCCACGGCAAUCACUCGGCGGACGAUGCGGCAGGCCAGUGUGUGGAUGCGGCGGCCUGGGGUAGUGGAGCAGAGGUGCACCAGCUCCUCACAGAGCACCCGAACGUCGUCUCGCCCAGUGAAGAAGAGGAAGCCGACCAGGAACGAGACGUCCGCCAGCCGCUCCAGUAUCUGCAGACCUCUCGACACCACGCCCCUCGUCGCGUAAGAGGGUGUUUCCUUCUGCGACACGGCCGACCGGAGCAGGCGGACCUGGCUGAUGAGCUCCAUGAGCUGCCCGUUGCUUGUGUCAGGGCACGACAGCAUCCACGCCAUCAUGGCGUCGCGGUGGGCCUCCGUCAGCACCAGAUCAUACCCCUCCUGCACCGUCCCCUGCUGCUGCUGCUGCUGCUGGGCGGAGAGGACGGCGGCGCACUUGUCGACCGCCGACCGAACGGCCGUGUCUGCCUGCCACUCGUAGCUGGCCUUCUUGGUCGCCGCACGGACACACGCCGUCCACAGCCGCAGCACACACAGCAGUGCCACAUCGGCCUCCUUGCUCUCACCGCUGCCGUCUUGUGCUCGCUCCGCCACUGUGAGCAGCAGCUGGGACAGCUGAGGCAGGACGGCGCUCGAUGACCUGAGGGGCCACGUGUCGACGGCGGAAGGGAUGGAGCGGCUCGUGAUGCGGUGCAGACACGACAGGAUCUGAGAGACCACACACAUUGUCAUGUCAGACGACGACAGGAAAGGACGAUUCUAUCGACAAGACUCACUUACCGUGAGGGCAGCUGCCCGUCCGCUGAAGUACCUGGAUCGCUCGGGGGCAGACCAGCUGGGCAUGAGCAUCCCGGCCGCCUCGUCCCCGAGCAGUUGCAGCAGUGCCGCAAUCUCGCUAUCAGCCAGCGCCUGUACACACACACACAUGCACACCACAGCACACGCAGAGAGAGAGGGCGAUAGAUAGAUAGAGCUAGUGAAUCUAUCGCUGUGUUGGUGAGCUCAGCUGACCGGUACGGCUGGAAGUGUGGCGGACUGAGUCUCUUUCUCAAUCACCACUGCGAAACGAUAGCGGCUGUGGACGCACCGGGGCAAAGAAAAGGACACCACCUGAGAGGGGGAAACAGGUGACAGACACAGCACAGCAGGUCCGGGGGGAUGAAAACACAUCUAUCUGGUUUGUUGUGCUCGCUGUGCUGUUUGCCUGACUGACCUCUUCCCCGUCGAGAAAGACCACACACGUCUUGGCUGCAACGUUGAGCAAAAGCGUGAAGACCCACUGGUGACAAAACGACGACCCCCCACCAUGCCCAGCAGCUCCCUCGAUGGUGCACGGCAGCUCGCCACCAGGCAGGUGCCCCAGGUCCCCCACCUGCUGCUCUCUGCUGGCCGCCUGCUGCGCCUGUGCAGCUGCCGCGGCCUCCUCUUGCGGAUGCACAAACACACUCAGGUCAUCACUGCCACUGCUGCGGCCAGCCUUCGCCCAUCCCUCCCACUUGCGGCCGCGGCGGUCGACGGCAAAACGGUUGAGAGAGUUGAACAGCGUCGCUGGAGCGUCCUUCGUGGUGGUGGUCUCCUUCUCGUCCUCCUGCUGCUGUUGUGAGACCUCGUGUAUCAGACCAAUCUCGAAGUUGGCCAGGUCUGGCUGAAGCAGGAAGUCCUGCUUGCUGGCCGUCUGCUGCAUGAUCACCUGGAAGACGUGUACGCCGCUGGCGAAGGCCCUGUCCGUCGUGACAAGCGACGGCCCGCUGAUGGCCGCCGACGGCUCUGUGGCCUCUUUCUUGUCCGCGGUAGGGGCCGGCUCGGGAGGAGUGAUGUUCAUGUUGGCGAUGUCCCGCUCCCUGGCCGCCAAAAUGGUCCUCUUCUCGGCCCGCAGCUCCCCUAUGCUCUCCAUCACACGAGGGCCGUCGGACGGCGCAUCCCCUGCCGCCGACAGCAUGAUGGCCUGCACGUCUUCUGAGAGGCCGGGGGCGUGGAGCCACUGGGCGUCGGGCAGCUCGUAGAAGCACUUGCGCUGACCGACGGGGACGUCGGUGGAGAGGAAGGUGUCGAGGUCGAUCGAUGACGAGGGGUGCGAUGGGUCUCCAGCCUUUUGUGAUGCCGGCGGGGUGAGCCGGGCGGUGCGGCCGUCUCGUGAGAAGGCCGGCUGCCACCGGUGGUCGACAAACAUCGCCAGGAGCUCCUGCGCGAACCGACAGACACACACACAUCCGUGUGUUGUGUCCAUGUUAUAGGCCGUCUGUUCUCAGUUACCACUUCCUUCAUGGCAUCGUAUUCCGUGUCCUGUGCUGGAAUACCCUCAGCGUUUUCGCUCUCUUGGCUUUCCCCCUCACCCAGGCACAGAGAUGCAACGUGCAGCAACAUCCUCACCUGCACACACAGACACAGGCACACACAGGUGCAGCCACAGACGCAGACAGACACCUGCCUGGCCUGGCAUGAUCUUCCUUCCCUGGUGCGUGUGCGUACCGAGGCCACGCGCAGCGCAAAGCAGAUGGCCGCCUGCACCCCAUAGGCAAACAGCCGCCGCCUCUCCACCUCACACUCGCCCUCACCCUCACCAUCUCCGGCCGUCCCCUUCUGACAGACGCUCGCCAGGCAGCUCUCGAGCACCCUCUCCACCACACCGACGGCCGCAUCGCUGUUCGGCACCUCCAGCGGCGCAUAUCGGCUGAAGGCGUCCAAUGCACCCGCAAAUACGGAGUAGGCGGCCUGCCGGCUCAGUGGCGACGACAGCCGAUCCCUCAGCCACGACGACAGGACAGCUGACGCCGCCGGCGAUGAUGGACCACCGGCAGGUGCGGGCACAAGCACCCUCUGCACGCUCUGCAGCAGGUCUGUCACCACUCGCUGCUCAUCGGUGGCCCCCGCCGCAGACGGUUUGGCGGCUGUUGCCCUCGUGAUGGAAGAUCCCCACAUGCGCUGCCUCUUCCUGGCGCCGCCAUCAGGUCGCCGCAGCAUGCGGCUGCUGAGGGUCUUGGAUGCCUCGCGGAAGAGCCGCUCGCCCACGGCCUCCUGCGUCCUCAGUAUGGUCGGGAGCGCCCCGUACCACACAGGCAAGGCCGGCUGACCACCUGACGCAUCGCCAGCUGCAGGGGGGUUGGUCGAGAUGAAUGAGUGCGGCUUGCCGGGCUUGCUCUUGUCGACUCUUGGUUCGGCCGGCAGGAGGGCUGUCAGGUGCUGGUCCUCCUGGGUGACGAGGGCACUCUCUUGAUCGAGGCAGCUGUCGAGGGCGGCCGCAUCGCUGGCGGGGGAUGAAUGGAUAAGGCGAGAAACGUACUUGUCGUAGAGAAGGGUGAGCGGCUUGUUGGGCUCCAUCUCAUCUGUGACGCUCACAGAUGGCAAGAUGUCAUGCCGUCGGCUGCAUGAUUCAAGGAAGGGCCAAACCAAGCCACAACUGACGAGAUUUCUCGCUCCUUCCUGCUGGUCCUCACAACCAAGUACACACCUCGAGAAACAGACGUCCUGUUUGUC